GUCAGUGAAGUGUUGUGCCUCACAAAGACCUACGGACUUGUGUGAAACUCCUGGGAAACAGGAAAGUCCGAUUCAGAACAAUAAGAUCUGACGUUUUCCUUGUGGAAGUUUUUUUUUUUUUUGUCUCAGCGGAGGAGUGCAGAAAGAUUCUCCAGCGAUCAGUUUGGACUUAAAGUCAAGAAGUCCCGCUCAAGGAUAGAGAAGCGGAAUAUGAUUUGAAUCAAGAGGACGUCUGACUCUGUUGCUUGCUAACAGGAUGAAUCUCUGCUUGCUCCAUGCUGUCCUGCUGCUGUGGGUCUUGUGCCCCAGUUCGCAGAGCCAGUGUGAUAAAUCAUCUGAAACCAGCAAACUCAACCUCUCCGUCAGCUACGAGCUCCCAAUAUUCACCGCUGACUUCCCCAUAGAGAACAUGGUGAUGCUUGACGGGAUCAUCUACGUCGGUGCUGUGAACAGAAUCUACGCUUUGGCUCCAAACCUCACCAAGCUAUCAGAGUACCACACGGGGCCUGCGCUUGCAAACGAGACCUGUGGACGGAAACUGAUGCAAACAGAUGGUGAAAGAGUGGACAACCACAACAUUGCUUUGGUGGUGGAGAACAUCUACGAUAAGGGAUUGUACAGCUGUGGCUCGGCGGAUAAUGGUGUAUGCCGUCGUCAUGUCCUGGACGAUGAUGAAACCCCGAAAACUGUAGACGAAGAGGUCUACUGCUUCGCUGACAAGGUCAAGCUUGGCAAGGGUCAACCUAGUGACUCAGAUGUUGUGGUCAGUCCUUCUGGAUCGCAGGUUCUCAACGUGGAGAGCAAUGUCAUCAAGUUCUUUGUCGGGAACUCUGAGAUCAUAACAGGAAACAUAUCCAAUAGUGGAACACAUCCUCACACUAUCUCUUUACGGAAGAUGAAGACGAGCCAAAAUGGCUUCACCUUCUUCUCCAACCACUCCUACAUGGACUUGAUUCCUUCUCUACGUGGAAACUACUACCUGAAAUACGUUUACUCCUUCCACAGUGGACCGUUCACUUACUUCCUCACAGUGCAGAAGGUGAGCAAAGACUCCCAGGCCUACCACACCCGCAUAGUCCGCAUGUGCUCCUCGGAUCUCAUCAUACGCCGCUACGUGGAGAUGCCCCUUGAAUGCAUCAGCACUGACAAGAGGCGCCGACGCUUCACGGAAGACGUAAAGGUGUUCAACAUCCUCCAGGCAGCACAUGUCACCAAGGUGGGCAAUGACGUCGAGCUGCAGAGGCAGCUGAAUGUGGAGGAAGAUGAUGAUGUCCUGUUUGCUGCCUUCGCCAGAGGGCAGCCGAACUCACCGGAGCCGACGCCAAACUCAGCCGUGUGCAUCAUGUCGCUGAAACACAUCAACAACAUGUUCAAGAUGUACAUGCAGCGGUGCAGCACGGUAGAUCCGUAUCACUUCACAGGAUCAGACAAGAAGUCCUGCUACAAUGUGAGUUUAUCAGAUGACUGCGACCCACAUGAGGGAAUCCACGAAGGAAAAGAGGGCAAGUACCGCCUGCAGGUGACCCAGUUCGUCCAACGGUUGGAGUACUGGCACAAAGAUUUGACAGACACCUUGGUUACCUCCAUCACGGUGGUUCCCGUGCAUGGCCGUGCAGUGGCAUACCUGGGAACAGCAGACGGACGCCACAUACAGGUUCUGUUCUCAAGAUCUGCAUCUCCUCAUGUCAACAUCCGCCUUGACUCCAGACCCGUCUCCGCCAGUGUUGCGCUGUUGGAUGCCGACCAAUCAGAAGGAGCUCUGCUAAUGGCCACAGGAAACAGGAUCACGAAGGUCCCUCUGAUUGGCCCCGGCUGCAGCCAGCUUACCACUUGUACUUCCUGUUUGCUGUCGUCACGGGUGACGGAGUGUGGCUGGUGUGAUGGACGCUGCACUAGAGCUGGAGAGUGUCCAUCCCCCUCCAUCUGGACCCAGGACUCCUGCACACCUGUCAUCUAUAAGGUUUUUCCAGCAUCUGGACCCAUACGAGGCUCUACAGUGUUGACAAUAUGUGGGAAAAACUUUGGAUUUGACAAAAUGGAGAGCUUCAAGGCGUCGGUGGUAUCGGUGGAAGUGGCAGGGGCUCCCUGCAAAUUGCCUAGACAAGAAAAUGUCAACAGGUGGACUGAGAUCCAGUGUUCCCCGGUAUUCAGUGGGAACUUCACCCCGUCAGGACACACAGUGAAGGUCACCAGUGGACACAAGGUAGCCAAGCUGGAGGGCUUCACCUUUGUGGACCCUGUCAUACACGAAAUCUUCCCGACAUUUGGGCCAAAGUCAGGAAACACCAUGCUGACCAUCAGAGGAGCCUUCCUUGAUACCGGAAACAGACGAGAUGUCACGAUAGGGAAGGCAGCGUGCAAGAUCCAGAGCUUAUCUUCUACCAUGCUGACCUGUAAGACCCCUCCUCACGCUGUUCCAGCCAAACAACCUGUGAAGCUGACGGUGGAUUCGGUUGAGCGCCACGCUCCUGUGCUGUUCACCUACAACCAAGACCCCAUCAUCAACAGCAUCCAGCCCUCGCGUUCCUUCGUCAGUGGAGGCUGCACGGUGUCAGCUCAUGGCUUCUUCCUACAAUCCGGCCUCCAGCCCCAGAUGGUUCUCACCACCGGUCAGGAUGCUGAGGUGUUUCAUGUGAGCUGUGUGUAUGGUGAGAACCGCACGUCCAUCCAGUGCACCACACCCUCGCUGGCCAAGCUCGCUCUGCAGCCGCCCGUGGUCACCAAAGUGGCAUUCGUCCUGGACGGCUACUCCACAGAGCAGUGGGACCUGAUUUAUGUGGAGGACCCCCUCUUCCAGGACCCGAAACUCACCUCCAAGGACAACAAGAGCAUUGUGGAGCUCAAAGGUGACCGGAUGGACAGGGAGGCGAUGAAGUGUCAGGUUCUGACUGUGUCCAACCACAGCUGUGAGAGUCUGAUUCUGGUUGGAAACACCCUGGAGUGCACCGUACCCACCGAGCUGCAGGCCGCCACGGCGAAGGAGCUGCAGGUGGAGUGGCGUCAGGCGGACUCCAUCAGACAUCUGGGCAAAGUGACGCUGGCUCAGGAGCAGGACUACACGGGCCUCAUCGUGGGCUGCGUGUGUGUCACCCUGCUGCUGCUGAUGCUGGCCUCGCUGCUCAUGUGGAGGAGGAACAAACACAUCGAUGAUCUGUCUGAGGUGUGGUAUGAUGGCCGGGGUCACAUCCAGCAUCUGGACAGGCUGGCUAACGCGAGGAGCGUCAGCCCCACUAAUGAAAUGGUCUCCCACGAGUCAGUCGACUAUAGAACCAACCUGCUGGAGGAUCAGGGCACAGACAGGCCCGAGACGUGCCGUGCGACUGCCCCCAUCUACGGAGGAAACGGGGAGCUGCUGUCUCCCAGGCUGGGUGCUCUGGGAGCAGGUUUGGGUUUGGGAAUGGAAGGUGAGUUGGUGUCACCCCUGCUGAUGGCUCCAGUCCACAUCGACCCGUCCUGCCUCCACCCGGACCUGCUGACGGAGGUGCAGCAUGUGGUGAUCGCCAGGGAGCAUCUGCUGCUCCACCUCAACCAGGUCAUUGGCAGAGGUCACUUUGGUUGUGUUUUCCAUGGAACUCUGCUGGAACCAGAUGGGCAGAAGCAACACUGUGCAGUCAAGUCCCUGAACCGCAUCACAGAUCUGGAGGAGGUGUCCCAGUUCCUGAAGGAGGGGAUCAUCAUGAAGGACUUCAGCCAUCCAAACGUCCUCUCUCUGCUGGGAAUCUGUCUGCCUCCAGAGGGCUCACCGCUGGUGGUUCUGCCUUAUAUGAAGCAUGGAGACCUGAGAAACUUCAUCAGAGAUGAGGGACAUAACCCAACAGUGAAGGACCUGAUGGGCUUUGGGCUGCAGGUGGCCAGAGGGAUGGAGUAUUUGGCCAGCAAGAAGUUUGUCCACAGAGACCUUGCUGCCAGAAACUGCAUGCUGGAUGAGAGCUACACAGUGAAGGUGGCAGACUUUGGCCUGGCCCGAGACAUCUAUGAUAAAGAAUAUUACAGCGUCCACAACAAAAGUGGAGUCAAGCUGCCCGUUAAGUGGAUGGCUCUGGAGAGUCUGCAGACACACAAGUUCACCACCAAGUCUGACGUGUGGUCAUUUGGCGUGUUGCUGUGGGAACUGAUGACCCGUGGAGCCCCACCCUAUUCUGAUGUGAACUCUUUUGACAUCACCGUGUUCCUCCUGCAGGGGAGGAGGCUGCUGCAGCCUGAGUUCUGCCCUGACGCACUCUACACGGUGAUGAUUGAGUGCUGGCACCCGAAGCCAGAGCGUCGGCCCUCCUUCUCCGAGCUAGUGUCCCGCAUCUCCGCCAUCUUCUCCAGCUUCAGCGGCGAACACUACGUCCUGCUCAACACCACCUACGUCAACAUCGACAAGAUGAGCCCUUACCCCUCCCUCCUCGCCUCCUCCUCCACAAAUGACCCCUCCUCCUCUUCCCCGUUCUCCUCCUCGGACCCCAUCACCUCAACGUCCCUGCCAACCCAGUCCUCCCUGUUUUGUCGUGUGGAGCGAGAGUGCUGCACCUGAAGGAGGAAAAAGACUCAGUUGAGAAAAGGAGCAUGGGGAGGCAGUGAGGUGAUGAAGAACUACUGUAUGUACUUGCCAAACACUGGACGCUGUAUGCUGAGGGGGAUAAACUGUUUCUGCCGCUUUGACUGAUCACUCAAUGUACAUAUAUUGACCUUAAACAGAAACAGUCCCCCUUGAGCUAUGGGGGCGACUUUAUUGACUUUGUUCGGACAACCUAUCUGACCUUUCAUCGACCCCGGGGAGCAUGAUGUCAGCCUUCCUGUUCCUUUACAAAACAAUAAGAAGGCACAGGAGCUCUUCUUCGAAGCCUCCCAGCAGACAAAGCCACUGUCACAGAAGCCCAAAACUAUAAAUCCAAACCAUCUUAGUGACUGCUGUAGCCGCACAGGGAGAGAUUUCAGGCUCUCCUCUGGGUGGCAUGUGCUUCGACACCCGGAUGUGGCUGGGGUCUGCCUGUAAUGUGAAUGUUUGACAAAUGGCCAUGUAAAAAACGUCCCACCUCCACACGCCAAAAACAAGACUGUACACCUCCCUCGCAUGCCCUGCGCCUGCACUCAGAGAGAUAAAUGAAGCCUUUUUCAUAGACUGUAGCGCCUCGGGUGAGUAAAAAAUGCUGGUGAGGGUGUAGGUGGAAGGUGGGAAAAAACCUGCUGCCGUGAGUGCAGUUCACUGGAUGCUAUUUGCAGAGAAAUCUAAAGAAAAUGAGCUCUUAAUGUGCUUGGAUAAAAAGAAGUCUAGCAGCCUUUUCGUGACUCACCUGUGUAAAAUACCCAGACUGAAAUGUACAUGAAGCGUCUUUUAUUUUCCACCAAACAUCCCAUCAUUUCAGAAUAGUCCCACUCUGACAACAUGUACACUCUUGAAAGUGUUGAGGUUUUCUUGGAGAGAAGAAAGAGAACAAAUGAGAGACAUGUCCUGGAGGUUUUUCUGUCAGUUAAUGAGUCGCUAAGCAUGUCAGAUCAGUCUCUGCUUUGUGUAUCCUAAAUUUAUUUGACACAGAGCAUAUCGGUGCGUGUUAAAAUUACUCAAACACAAAGGACAUAAGUGGCAGGGCAGAAGGGUUUUGGCGCUCUUAACUCCAGAGCUAAAAGUUUAUCUCCAACGUUUGAUUGAUCAAGUAACUUUUAGUCAAAUUUACAAUGAGGUUGUUCUCCCAUAAAGGUUUUAUCAAGAAUUUUCCAGUCAAACUUUUACCUCAAAGGGUUUUUACCCAAGUGUGUCAAUCUUUAAAUCAAGGGUUUGUAAUUGGUUGAUCAUCAGUGAUAUCUGUAUUUCACUCUUUAUGACAAUUGUGCAACAAGUCAAUACAAAAAAAAUAAUCUAGAUUAUUAACCUUACAACCAGGUUUCUGUUUAUGGUUGGUCCCAACUGACAUCUGCAAACAAUCUGUAUAUCAUGCAUACCUAAACCUAUAUUCCCAUGCCAUUAUCCAUAUUUGCCUAUUUGGCAGUAACAUGCACAAAUGCAUGCUCCUUACAAAUGUGGCACCAUUUAAAGGGAAAUCAACAGGCUUUCCAACUGUAUAAGAUUUGUGCCAUGACACAUUGUUACAACAAAGAAAUAAUCUAACUCAAAUUUUCUUACUUUUUGUGCUAAGUUUAGAUCCAUACAUUUGCAAUUUAGAUGCACAUUCAGGAUGUAAAUACAAUAUUUAACAAAAAAUGCAUAAAUUAAUCAUCUUAUUGACUAUUAAUGAUUUAAUUAUUUGCAGUUACUUUGUCAAAAGUUUUUAUGUAAUAAAUUUACUGGAAAUCAGUUGAAACUGUACAGCAGACACGUAUUUGUUCAAUUCAGCUGAAAGAAUAAGGCUUUAUUUUAUUCUGGGUGCAUUUUAAAUUCAACAUUAACAUGUAGGCUAUAGAAUAAGAUGUACAGUGCCAUGAAGAAGUGUUUGCCCCCUUUCUGAUUCCUUUUUU